GAAAGCAGCCUCGGUUAUUUCCCGGUAUCCCAGCAAGAUACGGAGCGGGGCAGAAGCCAAGAAGCUGGAUGGAGUAGGUGCUAAAAUAGCUGAGAAGAUAGAUGAGUUCUUAUCCACUGGGAAACUACGCAAAUUGGAAAAGAUUCGACAAGAUGAUACAAGUGCAUCUAUCAAUCUCCUAACACGAGUUACUGGCAUUGGUCCUGCCGCUGCUAGGAAGUUUGUUGAGGAAGGAAUUAAGACUUUAGAAGAUCUAAGAAAAAAUGAGCACAAGCUGACCCAUCACCAGCGAAUUGGGUUGAAAUAUUUUGAAGACUUUGAGAAAAGAAUCCCAAGGGAAGAAAUGCUGCAAAUGCAGGAAAUUGUACUGAAAGAGGUAAAGAAGCUGGAUCCAAACUAUAUUGCUACAGUCUGUGGCAGUUUUAGACGAGGCGCAGAGUCAAGUGGCGAUAUGGAUGUUCUCCUAACCCACCCAAGUUUCACAUCUGAAUCAUCCAAACAGCCAAAACUUCUGCGUCAAGUUGUAGAACAACUGGAAAAAGUCCGCUUUGUCACAGAUAUGCUGUCUAAAGGUGACACCAAAUUCAUGGGUGUCUGUCAGCUGCCAAAUAAAGAAGAUGGAACAGCCUAUCCACAUAGGAGAAUUGAUAUCCGGCUUAUCCCCAAAGAUCAGUAUUACUGUGGUGUACUGUAUUUCACAGGAAGUGAUAUAUUCAAUAAGAACAUGAGAACUCAUGCUCUGGAAAUGGGCUUCACGAUCAAUGAGUAUACAAUCCGUCCCUUGGGUGUCACUGGAGUUGCUGGGGAGGCGCUACCAGUAGAAUGUGAAAAAGACAUCUUUGACUAUAUCCAGUGGAAAUACCGAGAGCCAAAGGAUCGGAGUGAAUAACUGCUUGUCUAGGUGUGUAACCUACAGAGAUGUUUUCAUAGCUUCUUAUGAAGAUGCAAAGUGCAUAUUCUUUCUUUGGAUGUUAUUGCGAAAAGUUACUGAUGUUUAAAGCAAGUCCAUGGCACUAGCACAGAAUGCGUAGUGAAGAUUAAAUCCUGUAAGAUCUCAUU